AGCACAAAUUAGCCUGACGCUUGAAAAUUUACAAGUCGGAAAAUUUUUCGCAUUUUGUUAAAGGCAUCUUUUGUUUAGCAAGAGAGGAAGAAUAUACCUUUCAAAUAGUACAGAAAACAGUGUAAAAAAAGCUAAAAUAAAUAAUUAACAUAUUCAGCUCCUAUCGCACCAGUUCAAACCGUGGAUUUAUGACGAACAUACAUAUGAAUGUACGCUCACCAGCCAGCACACACAUUACAGCACAAUCGCUUGCUAAUGUGCGUGCGUGUAUUUGCGAAGCCAGUGAAACAAUUCAAAUUUGAAGUAAAAAACAAUGCAAAGCAACGACCGCCUGACUGCCGCCGGAAUGAAAGUGUUUUGCUAUUUUUUCAAUUAAUUCUUGACAAGAAUGAAGCAAAGGAGGAAUUGCACUUCAAAGAUUCACAUUUGUUUUUCGCGCGCACUAGCAUUAUGCCGAACACAUUACAACACAUACACAGACUGUUUCGCAUAGUUCCCAUUGAACAAGCCCAAUUGGUGAAAGGAUUGAUGAAGAUACAGCAACCGAUAUACCAAAAACAAAAACACUUUGUACUUUGA